AUGUGCGGGGUGCAACAACAACUUGCCGCAAAGAGAGUUUCUAGGAUGUUCAAUAUAAUUGAACACCUGGAAACUACAAUAACUCAAUUGAAACUAGACCUUCAAGACCGUGAGCAGGAGAUGUUAUCCAAUGAUGUGGAGAUAGCGGGUAUACCAGAGGUGAGAAAUGAAAACCUAAUGCACGUCACGUUUACUGUCGCUAAGAAACUAACUGUGGAGAUUGAGGACCGUGACAUAGUAAGUGUAAAACGCGUCGGCCAAUAA